AAUUGCUAAUGGCUGCUUCUCCCCUAAUACAUUGGGACCAGUAAUGUCUCUUUCCAGCAGUAAAUGUUCUGGAGGUUUCCUAUUCCUCAUAAAGUCAGUUUAUUGGUCUCUGCCCGACACUCCUGUGCCCCAAUAACGGGAGCCCGUCGCUCUAUAACUGACUCCUGGGCGCCGGGCACAGCACAUUGAUAGGGCAAUGCCAGCCCAUAUUUACUUUUAAUCAUUUCUGCUCCUGAGCUGAAACCUGCCGCAGUGUUGUUUCCUCUGGCUUCCUGAGCUUCCUUAUCUCCGUACCUUGUUUCAUAAUAUAACAUUGGGCUGCAGUACUGGGGCUUCUGACCAGUUUGAGAGGAAACUUGGAUUUUGGUUUCAGCCGUGAUCGCCGCCCUAAUGAUUAUUGACCAGUGAAUUCCCCCCCAGCGCCUGGCGAGAUCCCAUUUCCCACCAGUCAGUCCAAUCUGAACGCCGCCCGGGCCGAUGUAGAACUGAUGGUUCACAUAAUGUUCAAAGCCUCGGAUUUCCAUAAUGCCCAUCACUCAGGAGAAUGCCGCGCUCUACCUCGCCCUUCUCCAUCGCUGGCUGCAGGACAAUGUAGGGGGGGAGAGCGAAGCGCCGGAGAAGCGCCUGUACCUGGCCGCCAUACGCAAACUAACCCAAUACAUACAGUUCAAUUUUACGUUGGAUGAAAGCGCGUCCAAGUACAGCCAGGGGGCCUUGGAUAUGGAAAUCUGCACUGUCUACUUGACCAAGGGCGAUGAUGAUGAUGGUGACGUCCUGGGUCUGAGCUUUGGAAAUAUCCCUAUAUUCGGCCAUGGCGGGGAGAAACGCAGAGGCGGGAAAAAAAGGAGGGUACAGAACGGGCCGGUCCUUGAUGUCGGAUGUAUCUGGGUCACUGACUUGAAACGACAGAGCAAGGCGGCCAAAUGUGGGAGAAUGAGACUGCGGGACGAGGUUCUGUCUCUAAACGGACAGCUCAUGGUCGGCGUGGAUGUCACCGGGGCCAGUUACCUGGCUGAGCAGUGCUGGAAUGGCGGAUUCAUCUACCUGAUCAUGUUACGGCGCAUUAAACGUAAAGCUCCCCUUCCUCCAUCACAUGGCAGUAAGAGUAGCGCGAGUGAACCCAAGGCCGCCUCCAGCUCACACCCGAGUGUCAGAACCACACAAAAUGGAAAGAGGACCAGGAAGUUUGGGGUCAUCUCCAGGACGGGCAAGGAGAGCAAAGACAGCGAGGAGGCCGUGCAAGAGAAUGGACAUUACUCCCCCAUGGAGGUCGAUGGCUCUCAUUCUGCCGAUGAGGCUUUGGGGAAUGAUGGGGACAAACAGAGGACAUCUCGAAGCUCUGAUGCAGACGUGCAGCAUGGAUACCAGUUUCCCAAUGGUGACUGCUCGGACUCAAGAUCAAAUGAUCACCCAGCACGGAAUGAAGGCUGUUGCAUAUGGAAGAUGCACAUGCUGAAGGGCGCCGAUGGGCUGGGGAUUCAGAUCACUGGUGGCCGAGGCUCAAAGAGGUCCCCACAUGGAAUAGUGGUGGCACACGUGGAAGAAGGUGGAUCAGCUGACAGGGACGGCAGACUGAAAGCCGGGGAUGAGUUAUUAAUGAUAAAUGGGCAGUCGCUGGUUGGACUCUCUCACCAAGAAGCUGUGGCUCUUCUACGUUCCAGCAUGGGCAUCGUUCAGCUGGUAGUUGCUAGCAGGGAGAGCUCCAACGUGGACUUCUGUAAAUACCCAUCCACGAGUUUGCCGGACCUGGUCAGCGCCUCAUCUGCUCAGGAUGUUGGUGCUUCCUCUGAUGACAAGGAAAAUGAAGAACCAUAUGUUGAAGAAGGACAGGACUAUGGCACGUCCCCCUCCCACCAGGCAGCUGAAUCAGAAACUGACAAAUUCCAAGAGAAGGGAUCUUCAGAAGUUCCCAAAGGUGUCUGCCGGAGCCCCACUCUGGGCAAUAGUCUCCUGAAGUACAGAAGCCGCUCCCAAGGGAGCGGCAGCCGCCUGGAAUCUGUCGGGGAAGACGAUGAGCUUACAGUGGCCAAUGGAGAUUUAUACAGAGAUAACGGAGAUAAAAUAUCACGUGGGGGUCGAAAGCAUUCACUGCCGCAGCAGCUGGACUCCGUGGGAUCAAGACAGGAUUACAACAUUGUGAAGAAGACGACGAGAUCUCUAAGCACCGUACAAGUGGAAUCUCCUUGGAGACUUGCCCAGCCAUCGAUCAUCUCUAAUAUUGUGCUAAUGAAAGGCCAAGGAAAGGGCCUUGGUUUCAGCAUAGUUGGUGGCCAGGACUCGGCCAGAGGGAGAAUGGGGAUCUUUGUAAAGACGAUUUUCUCCAAUGGAGCAGCGGCUGCAGAUGGAAGGCUAAAGGAAGGGGACGAAAUUCUGGAGGUCAACGGGGAAUCCUUGCAGGGGUUAACCCACCAAGAAGCGAUCCACAAAUUCAAGCAACUGAAAAAGGGUGUUGUUACCCUGACGGUACGGACGCGACUGCGCAGUCCCAGCCUCACCCCUUGUCCGACUCCCACCAUGAUGAGCCGUUCCAGCUCCCCAAACUCUAAUAUCAGCCUUGGAACUUCAAUGCCUGGUUCCGAAGAUGGAGAUUCUACCUCCGGUUCUCGUAAGGGUCCGGGGCCCAAGGAUAGGAUCAUUAUGGAAGUGACACUUAAUAAAGAACCCGGAGUGGGUUUGGGAAUCGGCGCCUGCUGCCUUACACUGGAAAACAGCUCCCCGGGGAUCUAUAUCCACAGCUUAGCCCCGGGAUCUGUGGCCAAGAUGGACGGCAGACUCAGCCGCGGAGAUCAAAUCCUGGAAGCAGACUCAGUGAGCCUCAGACAUGCUGCACUUAGCGAGGCGUACGCUAUACUAAGCGAGUGCGGCCCGGGACCAGUAAGCCUUAUUAUCAGCCGCCACCCAAAUCCAAAGGUGUCGGAGCAAGAGAUGGACGAAGUAAUCACCCGUACGACGCACCGCGAGAGCAAGGACUCCUUUCAUUCCAUGGGUCUCCAUUUGAAGAGUCCUUCUCCUGCCUGCAAACCCAAGCAUGGAGACGGUCCGACAUCCCUCAGCUGGACAAUGAAACGCUUCCUUGAACCUGCCAGUCGGCAGGGCUCCGUUAGUUCAGAAGCAGAGCUGUCUCAGUACUUCUCUCAGGAUGCUCCCAGUCACUCGUCCUUCUCCGACACUGUGGCCACCGGCUCUAGCGAUGAGGAACAGCUGCGGCCGGCUAGUGGGAGCAACUCUCUGGAUGACAACUCGGCUCCUCCAUGUGCUGCCAAUGCUAAGGAAUGUGGAGCAAAGGCAGAGUGCUGUAUUCCGGCCUCCCACAGAAAUGGAAAUAUUCCCAGUCCCUGCAACAAGCACAUUGUCAGCACCAGACAGUCCAGUCUGAACAGCAGCCCACAGUCUAUACGCAGCCCUCUCCUGCGCCAGCGCCGCAUCGUAAGCUACGAGGAUGAGGAUGGCAGCGAGGACGGUGACAUAAGUAGGAAAGACGAAGGCAACUAUAAAGAUCAUUUAAAGAAAAACGCUGAUGAAGAUUCUGGUAUUGUCAUGUCAACUCUGGAUGUUGAUGAGGAAAUACCGGACCAUAACCUGCCCGUGAAAUGUGCCAGCGAGGCCGGAACCUCCCUCUGCGGCAGCUCAGUGGAGUCUGAAGACAGUUCCGUGGAGCACAUGGUGGAUUCUCCAUUCUUUGCCAUCAAAUCUUUUGAUUACUCUGCCAAGGCUGACGCUCGCCCCUGCAGUUUGGCACUCAAAGAACCCACAGAGGGGCCAAUAGAGAAUAAGAGGUCUCCCAAACUGGAGCACAAAGCUGUCACUCGAGUUAAAAGCAUGAUGAGCAUUGAAUAUCCUAGCUCUCCAAAACCCAAGGCAGAAGAGAGCUGCCUCCCAUCAAAGCCAACAAAACCCCUUCCGUUGGUCAAAAAGCCUGAAGGUUCAGAGCAUUCUGGGAAGUGCAUCACCGACACUGUUCAGCUGUUCUGCAGCGAGUACGAGUCCGUGGGGCUGGACCUGGAGAUUAAAGAAAGUCCUUUAUCUGUUAUAAUAACCGGGUUACGGCCGGCCAGAGAAGGGGAAAAGGAUUCUGUGGGAAAGUUAGCGGCUGGCGAUGAGAUUAUAUCGAUUAAUGGCAUUCAAGUGAGCGAGAUGUCCUACCAGCAAACUUGUGAUUUUAUCCAGUGCUUGCCUUCAUCCGUUACACUGGGAGUGCGGAAGCCGCUGUCAGCUGUUGAUAGGCUGUCACACAUCAUCAUGGCCUCAGGAGGAGACCAGCAAGGACCUGUGGAACAAGUGGAGAUCCUCAGGCAGGAGAACAGCCAGUGUAAAGGGCCCCAGCACACAGCAGAUUGCUCGACUCCAGCCAAAGUGACUAUUGAAGCAGGGAAUUCACUGACAAUCCAGUGCCUGGAAGCAGGAAAUGACAGCACCGUCACUAAUAUUGAUGAUUUUAUUAAUGAGCUUGAUUUUUCUGGAGCUCCUUCAUGUGACUUUGCUAAAGAUUCCAACACCACAGAGGAAAUGGAAGCUUGUGUGGCCUCGGGACAAGGGAACCGUGUCGAUGCAGAAACAGAAGAAGCCAAGACAGAGCUGUGUAGCAGCAUUACAAAUUUCGAUGAAAGCACAAGCCAGUCGGAGAACAUUUUGGCAUUUUCUGUUUUGGACUCCCUGUCGAUGGAAAAAAAAUUUGCAGUGGACAAAAGCUGCCUAAGUAGUUAUUCCCGCAAUUUCAGCAGCUUGACCGAGGAGGAUUUCUCAUUGUCAGACCAAAUUUUAAGCAGUUCGCUCGACCUGCCCAUCUCUAUGUACGUAACGGCAGAGGAUUCCGACUCGGAGUCGUUUCUUGAUUCUACAAGCGACAUGAUCUCCUCCCUUCAGAACCAGUCUUGUAUGUCAGAACUACAAACCGCCACAGAUUCUGAGGAGGAGCAAAUUGAAAUUUGUUGCGAUAUUAAGAAAGGAGACAGUGGAGCACAUCAGUUCUAUGACGUGCACCAACUGUACCCAGCAGCAACCUUAAGUGAAACCCCAAAAGAUUUGCCAGAUGAGAGGUGUGGUGGGAACACUCUUCCUGGUUUUGGUCAUUAUACUUCAGUAGAUCGGGUAACCGUGGAAAACAUAGUCAAUAGUGGUCAUCCAGAUGCUUCACCUACCAUGUCUUUGUUAAACAAUGACUCUCAGGAAUUACCUUGCCGCAGUGAAAUAAGUUUAAAUGACUACAGUGCCUUACAAGUGCAAGAUCCCAUGACAUUAGGAGUAAAAGACAAUUCUACUGAUGUUCAUAACGUUGGACUGGUGCCACUCUCUGAAGGUAAUGUAUAUCGUUGCCACUUGGGGCCUUUAGACAGUGGAGAAAACAUGUCAGCAGUUGAAGAGACCAUUGACAGUCAUGUCAUCCCCUCAUGCACUAUUGUGGAUCCGAGCGAAGAUGAGAAAUGUGUUACCAGAAGCAGCAUGGAACCAGAGGUGUGCCCUCAAGAAGCUAGCUGUGCCAACACAAAUGAAGGCCCCAUUACAAAUUGUACUGUUUCUACAUCUAAUGUCCAGGUGAAAAGGGAAACGUUGCCAGAGGGGACCACUAAGAAAUCCCCUGCAACCAGAAAUUGUAAUCUAGAUAUGUAUAAGCCAAAUGUUCCCUUGUCAAAACUUCACACUGACAUCAAGACAACAUUAAAAAGCAGCCUUGAUAUAUUAAACACACAGGUAUCCAAACCAGGACCCAAACUUAAAGGUCUUAGUAUCAAGAGUAAAAAUAAAGAACAGGCUCAAAAUCAUCCCGCAAAAGCUGACGACUUCCGUAAACUCUCACCGCAGCCUUCACCUAAACUUCUUGCAAAGAGAGCUUCCAUGGCCGACGGCUCCACCGCAGCAAGAGACCGUGCAGUUCGAAGUCCUGUCAUGACAAAGAAACCAGAACACAAAACUGGGCUCUCUGUACAGAGUGUUGAUUCCAAAGCAAGUGCCAAUGUUAGUGCCAAUAGCUCUACAUGUAGCAGUAAGAACGAUAAAAUGAGUCCGUUCAGCAGAAGAACUGGGAAAUGCGCAAACGACAAGAGCAAGGAUGAAGGAUUCUCAUUAAGGGUAAAUUCUUCUGAGUGCCCUAACAAAACCAUUACCAGCUCAGACAGUGGCACCAAGGAACUUAUAGAGGAUAUAACAGCUGAGAGAGUUCCUCAGCAAAUGGCAACUGAAGGACCGGAAACCCAUGAUAUUCGAAGGACGUUUAUUGAAGUAAAGCUUUCCUCAGCACUUCCACAUGCACUUACUUCUGCCACUAGAAGACAGGAUGGCAGCGAUAAAGCAAACAUCCUGACCAAUGACCAUUUUGCAAAUGUAUAUAUGUCUCCUAGGAUUAACAAUAAGUCCAUUGUGUGUAAACCAGUCACUAGGACAUAUUCCAUGCCAGCCCACCUUCCUAUCUUCAUGGAUGAUGAGGGAACACAGACAAAGGGACAAAAUCAUUGUCUCAUUUCUCAGGGCUCCGUUGACUGUGUGCUUGAAAAAUAUCUCCAUGCGGGGAAUAACAGCCCCGCGGUUGCACAGAAUCAACUAAAAUCCAAGCUGCCAACUCAAGACGGUCAAGUGUCCAAUGAAAAAUAUGUUUCCCGCAGUGAAAUUAUGAGGAGUAUUAGAAGAAACUAUUACUAUGAACUGAACUGGUGCCAUGACCCCCUUUCUUCUCUCACUGUAAAGCAAAGGAUUAAAUCAUUUGAAAACCUGGCACAUUUUGAUAAAACGGUCAUGAAGGUUAUAGACAUGAACCACUCCCCCUUUAGUUCCAAACCACCCAUAUGCAGGAGGUCUUCUGGUUCUGUGCCAUCAGAAGGAAGCCUCCAUGAUGCCUCCAGGUAUUUGAGGCGCAGUUUAAGUUCAUGUUGUGACAGCCACAGUGAAGUGACCUUAGCAGCACCAAUCGAAACAACCCCUCCAAGCGUGGCCUUAGCAGUCAUUGAGAAGAGUGCCAGUGAUAACAUAACACAGACUCCUGUAAAUGAGGAAAGUAGAACUGAGAAAAAAGAGAGCUCCCCUCCGGCGGCACAGAUAAGGAAAAACAAAACAUCUUCAAGCCACAUCAGACCGUCUCUGUCUCGCUCUAAGAUACGAGAACUGAGAGCGCUGAGCAUGCCAGACCUGGAUAAACUCUGCACCGAUGACUUUACAGUUGAACCCAAGGCACCGCAGUUUAAAACGGAACUUGAGAUUAUACCUGCCAGGUUAUGCGACUUACCCGGGCAGAAUAUGGAGCCGGCAUCAUCAAACCUUUCUAACACUGGCCUCAUGGGUUGUAGCCUAUCAGGAACUGCGACAGACCUGGAUGAAAGUAGACCAGAUGGAACGCUUUCCCGGAAAUCAUGGGCAAUAAGCUUGGAGCAACUCAUGGUCUCGACCCAGGAUCAGCAGAACCUGCAAGCUGUUUUGACUUCGGUGUCGUCCAGAUCAGAUAUCAUAAGUCUGAUUCAAGAAAUAAAAACGCAAAGCGAGAAGAGGGAAGGCGUCUUCUUUGUGGUUCUGAAUAAGGAAGAAGGGACCGGCCUGGGCUUCAGCAUCGCAGGAGGGAUAGACUUGGAACAGAAAUCAGUCACUGUGCACCGGGUGUUUGCCAAGGCUGUGGCUUCCCAGGACACAAUGAUUGAGAAAGGAGACGGCAUCUUGUCUAUAAAUGGCUGCUCCUUACAGGGCGCCGCUCAUGGGUACGCGCUGAACGCCCUGCACGGGGCAAAGCCGCACAGACAGGCAGUCGUUGUGAUACAGAAAGAGCGAGAUGGAGAGAAGCUUUCCCGGCUAGACGCUUCUAGAGGAAGACACACAACAUCUGGAAAGGAUGUGUCUAUGACGGCAUUAGCAGGGGGCAGUGUGGAUCUGACGGAUACAAUGUGCGUGGAGCUGAACAAAACCUCCGCCGGCCUGGGCUUCAGCCUGGAUGGGGGAAAGGCCUCAAUAUACGGGGACAGACCCCUCUUCAUCAAACGCAUAUUUAAAGGGGGCGCUGCUGAGCAAGCUGGCAAAAUCCAAGCUGGUGAUGAAAUAAUAGCCAUUGGCGGAAAGUACUUGACAGGCCUGAUGCACUACGACGCCUGGAAUAUCAUCAAAGCCGUCCCCGAGGGCCCCGUACAGUUGCUCAUCAGAAAGCACAGGACUGCCGUUUAAUUGUAACCCUUUAUGCACUUUCUGUAGCCCCUGGAAUCAGAGAGGUGAUUGGGUCACAUUUCAAUCCAAACCAUAAUGGGCAACAGCACCCUCUAGUGGUUAAGGGCAGACAGCAUGAAUGCUAACUUGUCUUUAUACAGACACAGGAAGUCUUUGCUUCCCUUGUAACUCAUCGCUCCCGGGAUCUGCAACUUGGGGCUUUUCAACAAGAAACCCCCCAAACACAGAAUUAAUGGCAGUGAGUUGUGUCUGUCGUAGGCCGGUUGGUGCCCUACAAGGUGCUUCAGAAGACUCUCUCCGACUGAGCUGCUGCUUUCAGGAAUCCUCAAACUGACAAUCUAAUCGCCGGAGUUGCCAUACAGUUACCAUACGGUUACCAUGGAGAAUCCGGCCUCUGUACCCAACACUGCCGAUUGCAUUUACUCAGGAUGAUCUCCUGUUUAAUUCAUUGGCAUUGGUUUGUUUAAUGCAAUCUGUCUGCAUGCUACUGGUUCCCGUUAAGGAAUGGCUGCAUGCUGUGCCAUAAUGACUGCCCAAUAGGUGCCCGGAUGCUGUAACUGUUUCUUCUUUCCCAGAACUCUUGUUCUGCUUUACAUUGAAAUUCUAUUUGUGUACAGCAGCUCUACCACCCCAGCAAGUAGAAGCUAAUGUGCCAGAUGUGCCCCCCCCCAAGAUAUUUUUAUGCCCCCCAGACUGCUCUAGAGCUUCAAUAACCUCCUUGGAUGUACCACAAUAAUCUGCCCCCGGAGCAUGGAUUAUAGUAAAUAAUGAACCCACUAUGAACUACCACUAUGGCAGCAGCAGACAGUCCCACAAUAAUCUACAGGGUCCCAGUAGCUCGUUGGUGGUUCCAAUACUGAUGUCAGAGAGAAGGGGGUGUUAGUUUCCAGUCUAAUAUCAGAGUCCCCCAUUGGCCCCUGUGGGUGUGCAUUCUCUGUGGCAACCAAUCAUUGUGAGCUCCUCCCAGUUCAUAAAGGGUCAGUAAGGACAUGGGCCUCUAGGUGUUGUUAAACUACAACAUUAAGCCCCCUGGCACCCCCUGGGUGUGUCUGCAAGAUAAUAGCGUUAUUUUUUAAAGCCAUAGUACUUUAUUUUCUCUAUUCAGAGUGAAUCUAUUCCUGGAGAAAUAACUGAAUUCUAUGAAGAUGUACUGUUCUAUAUUUAUACUCAUAGAGGAGAGACUAAAGUCAUUAGUGCUGCCAUGAUGUGGGUCGUUAGAGUGAAUGCCUUAAUGGCGUGGGUGGGGCAGAUCUGGUCUGCAGACCCCCAUAGGGGAACCUGUUACCUGAGAGGCCAUUGAUUUCCAGGCAAAUACUAAUAAUCUGCCCCUGCUGCGGUGCAACCAGAUCUAUAGGGGUUUCACUCCAUUCAGCCUCGCUGUUGGCAGACCAGUGGCUUUAGAUCAAGAGGUUCUGCAGCGGCUUUGGAUGUUUUACCCAAUUUAGAGGCUA